AUGAAAGGCUGCUACAGUGUUUCUCUGCUUAAAUUUCACAGCUCAGUUGGGAGGACUCUUGAAGAGUUUAAGACCUCUGUGACAGUGGCCGCUCACAAAAAGGUGACCUUUGAACUCACCUACGAGGAACUACUCAAACGCACGCUGGGCAAGUACGAGCUGCAGAUCCACGCUCGCCCCAUGCAGCCCGUCAACGACUUCAAGGUGGAUGUGUACAUUCAAGAAAAUGCAGGAAUCAGUUUCAUCUCCGUUAAAGGUGGAUUGAGCACCGGCGCGCUGGCUAACGCUGUCACCAAAACGCAUGCAGACACAGAGGUAAGACAUGAG